UCCGAUCCCUGCAGCCGCAGCUCGUGUGUCAAGUUACAGAGGCGCCGGAAUCGGCCCUAGCGCUCCUCGGCAGCGGCCACGACCCACCUCUGCCCAUGGGGCCCUCCAUGUGCGCCCCUUCGCCCAGAGACUGAAACUGGCUCGCCCGGGGUACGCGAGACGCCAAGAAGGACGGACAGCGCAGAACCAACUCGAGGACUCUGCAGACACUUGAAGGCAAACACGGGGCGGAGAGAAGGACAGCCGGCCGGAUUCCCCUAACUUUCAUGGACUGGAAACGUACUUCGAAGUAACUUUUUUCUCACCUGGGUGUACCCCGAUUACUGCUGGUUGUGCUUUUUCGGCUUUCCCCCUCCUGCUGCUAAUUUUUCCAUCCUUUUUGCCGGGAGCAAAGGAAAGGGACUUUUUCCAGCGACGCAAGCCCUUUCCCCCUGCCCCGCCGCUUGGAUCGCGCCUUUGGGCAGCGGUUCUCGCCUUUAUUUAUUCUAUUUAUUUAUUUAUUGGUUCUCAAGAAGCCAGAGGAUGGUAGCGGAGCGCCCCGGCAAAGCGGCAGCCGCCGGUGCCCGCGGCCCUGGAGAGUUGGGCACUCCCGGGACGGUGGCGCUGGCGGUGGCGCCGGCGGAGCGCUGCGCGCGGCUGCCGAGCCCGGGAUCGUGCGGGCUGCUAGUUCUGGCCCUCUGCUCGCUGGCGCUCAGCCUGCUCGCCCACUUUCGGACCGCCGAGCUGCAGGCCCGGGUGCUGCGCCUGGAAGCGGAGCGUGGGGAACAGCAAAUGGAGACGGCUAUUUUGGGACGAGUCAACCAACUGCUGGAUGAGAAAUGGAAGCUCCACUCUCGGAGGCGCCGGGAGGCCCCGAAGACGUCUCCAGGGUGUCACUGCCCCCCAGGACCUCCUGGUCAGCCAGGCACUCGAGGUUUUCCUGGAUUUCCGGGUCCCAUUGGGCUAGACGGCAAACCGAUGGUGGCCUCUCUGCUGGGCGUCCGACAUGGGGGGCUGGGGCUCACCCUCACGAGCUUAACCUGUGUCCUCACCUGUCAAAAGGGGGUCACCUCUGCCCCACCCCAUCACGGUAGCCCCGAGAACCUGAUGGCCCGAGGGGUCCCCCAGGACAGCCGGUUGGGACCUCAAGGACAAAAAGGAGAAAAGGGUCAGUGUGGAGAGUACCCACACCGGGAGCACCUAAGCAGCACUCUUGCAGCUCUGCGCUCCAACCAGAUAAUUACCCUGAAGGGUGAACAGGGUCAGGCCGGCAUCCAAGGCCCACCAGGGCCACCAGGACCUCCUGGACCGAGUGGACCUCUGGGGCACCCAGGACUGCCAGGGCCCAUGGGGCCGCCCGGCUUACCUGGGCCUCCUGGACCGAAGGGAGACCCAGGGAUCCAGGGCUACCAUGGCCGGAAGGGAGAACGGGGCAUGCCAGGGAUGCCGGGCAAACAAGGAGCGAAGGGGGCUCCUGGAAUCGCCGUGGCUGGGACGAAGGGUGAGCCAGGGACCCCAGGAGCCAAGGGCGAGAAGGGGGCUGCAGGCCCCCCUGGGCUCCUCGGCCUCCUGGGGCAGAAGGGAGAGAAAGGUGAUGCUGGCAACUCCAUUGGAGGAGGCAGAGGGGAGCCCGGCCCCCCAGGGCUCCCUGGGCCCCCAGGGCCAAAGGGAGAGGCUGGUGUCGAUGGCCAGACCGGGGCCCCAGGACAGCAAGGAGACAAGGGGGAGCCUGGAGCAGUUGGAGCGCAGGGGCCAGCUGGCCCCAAGGGCUCCAAGGGAGAACCGGGGAAAGAGAUGGUGGAUUACAAUGGAAACAUCAACGAGGCUCUCCAGGAGAUCCGAACGCUGGCCUUGAUGGGGCCCCCUGGUCUUCCCGGGCAAAUCGGCCCACCCGGAGCUCCAGGGAUCCCAGGCCAGAAGGGGGAGAUUGGACUGCCAGGCCCUCCAGGACACGAUGGGGAAAAGGGACCUCGAGGCAAACCAGGAGACGCAGGCCCCCCUGGUCCCCAAGGCCCUCCAGGGAAAGCUGGGCCUGCAGGAAUGAAGGGAGAAGACGGACACCCGGGGAGCCCAGGAGAGAAGGGGGAGAAAGGGGAGCCAGGGCAGGCAGGCCCACCGGGUCUAGACGGCCCAACUGGGGAGAAAGGAGAGCCAGGCAGCCAAGGGAGACCUGGAACGACAGGAUUGCCUGGCCCCAUCGGGCUCCCGGGAUUUACAGGAGAGAAAGGAGAACGCGGGGAGAAGGGUGACCCAGGAGUGGAGGUUUCUGGGCCACCAGGGCCAGAGGGGCCUCCCGGACCUCCGGGGCUCCAAGGUGUUCCUGGACCAAAGGGGGAAGCAGGACUAGAUGGAGCAAAAGGAGAGAAGGGUGUCCAGGGAGAAAAAGGAGACCGAGGUCCUCUGGGAUUACCCGGAGCUUCAGGUUUGGACGGCAGGCCUGGGCCACCGGGUACUCCAGGACCAAUUGGAGUUCCAGGCCCAGCGGGACCAAAGGGCGAGAGGGGCAGCAAAGGUGACCCUGGAAUGACAGGACCAACGGGAGCAGCUGGGCUUCCUGGUUUACAUGGACCACCCGGGGACAAAGGAAACCGGGGACACCGAGGUUUUAAAGGAGAGAAAGGGGAGCCGGGGUUACCAGGGCUGGACGGACUGGAUGCCCCGUGCCCAUUGGGUGAAGACGGCUUACCCGUCCAGGGCUGCUGGAACAAGUGAUGCCUCUAACCUGGGAUUGGCCUGUGUGUGUGUUUGUACAUAGAAUAUUUAUUUUUAUACAGUUUUCACUUUUUGAAAAUGCCAGAAGUAUGAUGCAUCUUACAGAUUAUUAAAAAGGAAAAACCUGCCUAUUUUGUACAGAAAAUACCAACCUCUUCCCUUUUGUUUACAAGACGUUUUGUAUAAGUCUACGACUCUAAUACACUUUUGUUUAUGACUAUGGUCAUGUUUGCAUGAUAUUUGUGCACACUUAUUAGGUAUUGAAGCUUAAUAAAUUAUUGUUCCGGUGCCAAAGGGGGCCA